UCUUUCCCUGUCCCAUUUACCCUAUGGCGCACAAUCUGGAUUAUAUCGAUUUUUCUCUCCUCUUCCUCGAGAGAUCUCUUCUUCCUUUGAUCACCAACUUUCCCACCAGACCCAGAUCCGAGAGCAGUAACAAUGCCUCCUAAAUUCGAUCCCAAUGAGGUUAAGGUCAUCCACCUCCUCGCCACCGGAGGUGAGGUCGGUGCCUCCUCUGCCCUGGCUCCCAAGAUCGGUCCUCUCGGUCUGUCUCCCAAGAAAGUUGGUGAAGAUAUCGCGAAGGCCACUGGCGACUGGAAGGGUCUCCGCGUGACGGUCAAGCUCACCAUCCAGAACCGUCAAGCCGCCGUCUCCGUCGUCCCCACCGCCUCCUCUCUUAUCAUCCGCGCCCUGAAGGAGCCCCCCCGUGACCGCAAGAAGGAGAAGAACAUUAAGCACAACAAGUCUGUGCCCCUCGACGAGAUUAUCGAGAUCGCCAGAACCAUGCGCCACAAGUCCUUCUCCAAGUCGUUGGAGGGCACUGUUAAGGAGAUUUUGGGAACAGCGAACAGCGUUGGAUGCCAGGUCGAUGGCAAGACUCCCAAGGCGAUCACCGAGGCCAUUGAGGCUGGCGAGAUUGACAUUCCCGAGGAGUAAAGGAGGUCAAUAGCCGGACGGAUACUCUCGCAUGACUUCUGGAGUUUAGGAAUGGUUCUGCAUUCAGGGACUACCCAAAUGGGAUGACCUUGGGCAAAGA